AUGUCACCCUCCCCCAUCCAAACCACCACCCACCCCAAGGCACCACCCACACCCCCUCAAACCCCAUCCCAUUCUCCAUCUCCACCUCCACAUCACCGCCCUCCCCCCAAACCCUCUCACCCAACCGACCACUGCUUCCCCUGCACUCUCUGCCCCAAAGCCUUCACCUCCCUCGCCGCCCAGCGCAACCACCAGCACAGCUGCGGAUACAACUUCUGCUGCGGCAAGCGCUUCAAGACCGCCAAGCGCCUGCUCCAACACGCCGAAACCCACUCUUUCACAUGCGCUACCUGUGGAAGUGGGUUUGGCACUAGGUAUUUCCUCAUGCUGCAUUUGAGCGAGUGGAGGGCGCAUGUUGUUGGUGAGGGGCUUGUGCAGGCUGUGCAGGCUGAGAGCGAGGAGAGCGGUGGGAGUGUAGGGAGAAAGGAGGAGAGAACAGAGGAGAGUAAGGAAAGUAUAGGGAGAAAGCAGGAGAGGAGGACGACUCCGUACCUCACGCUCGAGAUACUGGAAUAUGAGCGUCUGCACAGGGCUACUGAGGGGCGUGGUAUGCAGUGUGCAUACUGUAUGACGCAGUUCUGCGAGAACGACGAUAUCAUAACCCACGUGCGAGUGUGCGCGCAAGCACAAUGGGCGAAGACGGCAUCGUUGUCGAAUGGCGUUGAAGCAUUCAUUGCACAUCCAACAUUCUCUACCAACGACCAAGCUUUUUCAGAGCACUGGGACGCCAGACAAUGGACAUGUCAAAUCCCAUGCGAAUUCUCGCGCACGGAAACCGCUGGAUCUACAUGUUAUCUCGUGCGCGUCAACCCAAUACCAGGAUAUGCCCCUGAGGAAGAAAGCAGCUAA